AAUAUAUUUAUAUAUCUCAAAAAUGUAAUAUUUUACCAGCAUACGCAGUGUAAUUUUUUAAAGAAUUGAGCCCCCUUUAAGACUUGUAGCUUAGCCCCUGUAAAUAUAUACAUACACACACACAUAUAUAUAUAAAAGAAAAUAGUGGUAAGAUAUGUCUCAGUUAAAUUCAUCAGUUUCCUUCACAUACCUCCCACAAUCAUUUGAAGGCAAUAAUGUUCAUCUUCUUCUCUUUUCAGUUUUUAUUGUGAUUUGAACUAACUCCUGCAGUUACAUACGUUCUUUUCUUUCUCUGCCUUAAUACCCUGCCAUUAUCUUGGAAAAAUGGAAGGUGGACUUCCCAUGCUAAACUGUCUGUUACAGCAAACACUGAGAAGUCUCUGUACUUGCUCUGACUCUUCUUCUAAUGUGCCUAAUAAGUGGGUCUAUGCUGUCUUCUGGAAGAUUCUCCCCAGAAAUUAUCCUCCAUCUAAAUGGGAUCAUGGAGGAGGCUUGCUUGAUCGCGCUAAAGGAAACAAGAGAAACUGGAUUCUUGUUUGGGAAGAUGGUUUCUGUGACUUUUAUGAAUGCGAACGAUCCAAAAGGGAAUUUGUAAGGAUCAAAUUUGGUGCUGACAUCUUCUUUAAAAUGGCUCAUGAGGUUUAUAAUUUUGGUGAAGGAGUUGUGGGCAAAGUUGCAGCAGAUAAUAGUCACAAAUGGGUGUUUAAAGAUGCCCCAAAUGAAAAAGAUUCAAGCUUUAUUUGCUCAUGGAAUCUGCCCAUUGAACCUCAACCAAGAGCCUGGGAAGUUCAGUUCAAUUCAGGCAUUCAGACUAUUGCAAUUAUAUCUGUUAGGGAAGGAAUCAUUCAGCUUGGCUCCUUUAAUAAGGUUGUUGAAGAUCUUAAUUUAGUAGUUAGCAUUCAGAGGAAAUUCAGCUACCUUCAAAGUAUACCAGGAAUCUAUGCAAUUCAAAGACCAUUUUUGCCAAUGCAACAUACAUACACUUACAAGCCAAAAGAUAUCACUCUAGUUAACGAGACGGAUAAUCAAAUGGAUGACAAUAACCAGCUAAUUGGGUCGAAAAGACUUCAGGGUGAACGAUUACAUGAGUUUCCGGUUAAGGCCAUCAACAUAGGUUAUAAUAGCCCACAAGGCAUGGCUAGUCUACCUUUAUGGUCAAUUCCUUCUCUUUUGCCUUCAGUGCCAUGUAACCUUGGCUCUCUUCUUUCUAAAGUGCCUGCGCGAGCACCAUCUAGUUAUGCUAAUGCAGUACAUGACAGCAUUUUUCAUGACGGAAUUAUGAAGACCACUACAAACCAGAACAUUAAGGUUGAUGGAUUAGAUCAUUUAAAGUUUGAGGUAGCCGAGGAACAUGACAAAUAUUCCUUAGACCAUACAAUGAGUCGAUGAUUAAUGAGAACGAGAAGAAAUUGCGACUUCAACAGGAAAAUAAGAUAGUUGAAGCACGGCUAAGGAAAGGAGGGGCUGCUCCAAAUCCAAACUAAUUGCACUUAAAUUGGCUCAAUCUGCAUAGUGUCUCAAGUACAUAAGGGGCAUUGUAUUAAGUAUAUAGGGACCUGUUGUUGGUUGUUAGCUUAACUUGUUGGUGAAGUACUGAGUACUUUGAUUAUAUGAUAAUGACAUUGUAAUCUUUAGCAAUUUGUUCUGUGCAUAUUAUUUAUUGGAUAUACAUUUUCUGAAAAAA